AGGUGUGGGAAAUUUCAUUUAAAUAGAUUGUUUUUACCCAAUCAUGCAGCAUUAUUCGUUGGAAUAUAACUAAAUAGAAAAAGAUGGCGGAAGAUCAGCAACAACUCGAAGGCGAAAAGUUGAUUAUGGAUCUUGCUUGGGAGCGCCAGCAGAAAAAGACAUUUACUGCUUGGUGCAAUUCCCAUCUAAGAAAACGUAAACUAAAUAUCGAAGAAAUUGACCAAGAUUUUCGAAGCGGAUUGAAGCUUUUGGCUUUAUUGGAGAUUAUUUCUGAUGAAAAAUUGGGGAAGCCAGAGAAAGGGAAAAUGCGUGUCCAUCAUGUUUCUAACGUGAACAUGGCCCUCAACUUUAUUAAAAGUCAAGGCGUCAGGCUUGUUGGAAUAGGAGCUGAAGAAAUUGUCGACGGAAACCUGAAGAUGACUCUUGGCAUGAUCUGGACUGUGAUUUUGCGUUUCAGCAUUCAGGACAUUUCUGUUGAAGAAUCGUCUGCUAAGGAAGGUCUCUUGCUAUGGUGUCAGAAGAAAACCGCACCUUACAAGAAUGUAAAAGUGCAAAACUUUCAUAUGAGUUGGAAAGAUGGAUUGGCAUUUUGUGCUCUUAUACAUAGACAUCGUCCUGAUUUGAUUCCAAACUACGAGUCACUCUCAAAGGAAGACCCUCGCAGAAAUCUUGAAACUGCUUUCGAAGUUGCUGAGAAACAUUUGGACAUUCCUAGAAUGUUGGAUCCAGAAGAUUUGAUCGACAUUGCUAAACCCGAUGAAAGAGCUGUCAUGACGUAUGUCUCCUGCUAUUAUCAUGCAUUCUCUGGAGCUCAGAAGGCUGAACAAGCAGCAAACAGGAUCAACCAAGCUCUGAGAGCUCAUCAAGAGAAUGAAGAACUUAUGGACAAAUAUGAGAAGCUGGCCAGUGAUCUUCUCGAAUGGAUUGAAAAUACUAAACCCACUCUCGAAAAUAGAACAUCUGACAACACGAUGGAAGAUCUUCAAAAGAAAUUAGAGGAUUUUAGAGAUUACAGAAGAACACAGAAACCCCCAAAGGCCGAGGAAAAAGGCCAGCUAGAAAGUAUUUUCAACACUUUGCAAACUAAGCUCAGACUGAGUAAUAGACCUGCUUACAUGCCAUCAGAAGGGAAACUGGUUUCGGACAUUGCAUCAGCGUGGAAAGGACUUGAAGGCGCGGAGAAAGGAUAUGAGGAAUGGCUGCUGUCAGAAAUGAGAAGAUUGGAAAGUUUAGAACAUCUUGCUAAAAAAUUCCAUCAUCGUGUAGCUGUCCAUAAAGGAUGGGCUGAAGGGAAACACGAAGUGCUGAACAGUGACGAUUAUAAAGAAUGUACUCUGCAGCAAUGCAAGGCUUUGCUGAAGAAACAUGAAGCAUUUGAGAGCGACUAUGCAGCUCAUAGCGAACGAGUUGAACAGAUCGAUAAAAUUGCUGAGGAGCUCAAUAAACUCCACUACUAUGAUGCUGACACUAUCGUGAACAUCAACAAUGAAGUGAAACAAGACUGGGAAACUCUAAGUACCGAAAUGGAUCAAAGAACAGCUGCAUUGAAGGAAAAGGAGGCAGAACUUGAAGAACUCGAGAAUCAAUGUUUGGAAUACGCAAAGAGAGCUGGAAAACUCAACAACUGGAUGUUGAGUGCAAUGGAAGAUAUGGAAGAUACUCAUAUUGUUCACUCAAUUGACGAGUGUAAUGAAUUAAUCGUAGAGCACGAAGCGUUUACAGCAAGCAUCGGAGACGCAGAAAAUGAAAAAAAUUCGAUCAUGGAAUACAGCGGAACAGCUGCGGAUCCCGAAACAGGAAAUCAUUACACUUCUGUGUCACCUAACGAAAUUGAGCAAAACUGGGGAAAACUCGUGGAACUGAGUGAGAAGCGUAAAUUAGACUUGGAGGAAGAAUUGAAAGUACAAACUGAACAUGAGAAAUUAAGAGUUCAUUUCGCUGAACUUGCAAAUGCUUCUGACAAAUGGAUGCAAGAACAAAACGAGAAAUGUAGGACAAUUUCUCUGAGUUCAUCUGGAUCUUUGGAAGAAACAUUAGAAACCCUACAGAAACAUCUUGAAAGUAUUGAAGAAAGAAAACCAGACAUUGAAGAAAUGGAAACAACUCACCAGGCGAUCAAUCUUGCUAGAAUAUACGACAACCCUCACACUGCACUGACGAUGGAACAUAUUCGCACAGAAUGGGAUCAUCUUCGUUCUACUUGCGGUAGAACCAUCAACGAAGUCGAAAACCAAAUUCUUCUACGAGAUGCUUUGUCACUCAGCGAAGAUCAAAUCAAAGAAUUCAGGGCGUCGUUUGAUCACUUCGAUAAAGAUAGAUCUGGCAAAUUGGAGAAGAGUGAAUUCAGAGGAUGUCUACUGUCACUUGGCCAUGAUGUUGAUAGUAAACAACCAAAGGGCGACGAAAAUUUCGACAAGAUAUGGAAGGAGGUCGAUCCAAAUGGCAUGGAAUAUGUAACAUUCGAGGCAUUCAUGGAUUUCAUGGCUAAAGACGUCAGAGUUGAGGAUACAGCAGCGCAAGUUACUGAUUCAUUCCGUGUCUUAGCCGGAGACAAGCCAUACAUUCUGCCUAACGAAAUACGUAGAGAAUUACCACCAGACCAAGCCGAAUACUGCAUUUCAAGGAUGUCGAAAUAUACUGGAGGCGACGCGCCUGACGAAGCUUUGGAUUACGAAAGCUUCUCAUCUGGCCUUUAUGGAGAGUCUGAUCUAUAAACUUGCGUCCUUCAAGAUGCAGGACAUGAUAACCAAUAGAAUCCUAAUGGAUUACUAGACUGGAUGUAUAUCAUUAAAUACAGCUUUCCCUGUAUUUCUAUUUUGACUCGAAAAAAUUGUUAAUGCACAGAUUGCCACGAGAUACGAUUAUUUCAGUUCACUGAUUUCAUUAUUUUUCAGUCAUGAUGUAGGCUUGCUACUAGACUAAAAUAUUUAACAUACAUUUCUUGAAUUAAUGUGAAGGAUUUUUCUUCGUGACACCUUGUACGAAAUGUGGUUGGUUAUUGCUUACACGGAAUACUCAUACUAAGCAUAGAUUUCUACCAGUUUCCAAAACAUAGCGACGUGAAAAAUACUUCAAACAAACAUGCCUCAAAUUUGGACUAAAACGGACUUCCAUAUUUCCGGAAUGAAUAUUCAAAUGCUACAUACUUGUAUUAUAUUCUAUGCAUGUUAUAUUUCAUCUGUGUAUGCAAGUUAAAGCACGGUUGUGUGUGGCCAGUGAGACUUUAUUUAUUUUCAUUUCAUUAACCCAGAAAAAUAACGGUCCCGGUUUACUUUGUAUUCGUUUGGUCCUGAGUGGAUAUAGGAUCAACGCCUAAUAAAUUUCAAUAUACACAAA